GUCAUGACUGCGUUGACAUUGCUCCGACGAUCAGUUGCGGCGGUCAGCUGCGAUGUUUACGCCCACACUUCGGGCUCCAAUUGGCGGUUUUUGCCGCAGCUUCAAAGGCGCCAAUUGCAUUUGCACACCUGUGGGCGUCACUCUGCACUUUUGGCCAGCAAAACAAUAAAAACAACAGCGGCAGCAGCUGCGCAGGCGCCAAACACGAUUGCAAAUGCCAGCGAUAGCCGCACCAUGAGCUCUGCUGCCCCGAAACUUGUGGCCGUCGCCGAGUCGCGUCGCUUCAUGAUCGACUGCUUCAAGGCGGUGAAGGUUCCCCAGGCUCAUGCCGAAGCCCAGGCGGAUCUCCUGGUGGCCGCCGAUCACCGCGGACACUUCAGCCACGGCAUGAACCGCCUGGAGAUGUACAUCAACGAUCUGGCCAUCAACUCCACGGAUGGCGGAGCCGUUCCCCAGAUCCUCAAGGAAACCCCCGCCACCGCCUGGGUGGAUGGUCUGAACGGAUUGGGCGCCGUGGUGGGCAACUACUGCAUGGACCUGGCCAUCAAGAAGGCCAAGACUGUGGGUGUCGGUUGGGUCUGUGCCAAGGGAUCGAACCACUACGGCAUGGCCGGCUGGUAUGCCAUCAGGGCCAUGGAGCAGGGUCUGGUGGGCAUGUCCAUGACCAACACCUCUCCCCUGAUGGCGCCCACUCGCGCCAAGGAGGCUGCCCUGGGCACCAAUCCCCUGUCCCUGGGCGCCAACGCCACCAAUGGCGACAAGUUCCUCCUGGACAUGGCUACCACCGCCGUGGCUGUGGGAAAGAUCGAGAUCCAGCGGAGGAAGGGAGCUCCUCUGCCCGAUGGCUGGGCCCAGGACCCCAGUGGCGCUGUGACCAACGAUGCGGAGCUGGGAUUCAGCACCGGGUGCCUGAUGCCUCUGGGCGGAUCCGAGCUGACCUCCGGCUACAAGGGAUACGGCCUGGGCGCCAUGGUGGACAUCCUGUCGGGCGUGAUGUCCGGCGCCAACUACUCCACACAGGUCAGGAAGUGGACCCACGCCGGCGCCGACUCUGCCGCCGAUCUCGGCCAGGUUUUCAUCGCCGUGGAUCCCAACUGCUUCGCCCCCAACUUCGAGGAGCGCAUGACGGACUUCAACUCCCGCCUGAGGGGCGCUACUCCGACCGAUCCCAGCAAGCCUGUUCUGUUGGCUGGAGACAAGGAGAAGAACGGAAUGGCCGAGGUCGAUGCUGCUGGCGGUAUCCAGUACCUGGAGAACCAGCUGAAGACCUGCGCCAACCUGGCCGAGAAACUGAAGAUCAAGCCUUUGACCUUUAUCUAAACUAGAGUGCAAUAAUAUGAUAUAAACUAGGGAGCCAAGCUCACUCAUUGCCAUAUGCUGGAGAAGCUUCUGCAUUUCGACGGACCAAAGCACUAUGUUACUUUACACUGCAAGAAAUAUUGAUAUUCGCAACAGUUUGAUUUGCGCUGCUGUUGAUUUAUAGUUUGUUACAUAUCAUCGCGUUGCCCUUAAAACCUAUUUCUAUUUUCGAAGAGGUCUGCCAUAACUCAAACACAUUUGGCAGUUAACAGUUUACUCAUUAAAAAAUCUUAAUUAUAUGUGUUUAACAUUUUAGAGUUAUGGCAGACUUUUAGCGAACGAACCAUAUAUAGUAGAGUAAAGACUUGCAGUUUGCACAUUUAUAUUAAGUAUAAAGGAAGCCUAAAUUUCUUUUUAGAAAAGUAACUAUGCGCUAUACAAUCUAUUCAUUGAUUUUGACACUCGAAAAUAUCCAUGUUAUGUGUUCAGAAAAUACGUAAUUGUUAAAAUAAAAAAUAUAUUCUUUGACAAA